AUGACUGUGACCCACACACCAUUGUUUCGUUGCGAUGGACUACGUUUCCUAGCUUUCAACGGAUGUAUUGCUUGCAUUCCUCCCCUAAAAGAUCUUGCGACUCUCCACUUGUACCACUUGCAUGCCAAAUACCCCGAGUUUCGGAUGUUAAUCCAAGGCUUGCCCAAUUUGAAGGCCUUGAUACUGCAGGAGAUUAUGGAUGAUUUUGACGACGACCCUGAAAAGAGUAAUCCCCCAUUCGAAGCCACCUCAAUACGUUCUCUUUCCGUCAGCUUUGUCAACGAUUAUCUUGUGUCGUCUCACGAGAAGCCUCUUCUUUGUUCUCUUCUUUUGCCAAACCUCGAGUAUCUUGAAAUCACAGGCGACAGACGUGAUUAUGGCGAAUUCUCAGGAAAGGACUACCCACACCUAAAAACAUUACACCUCCGCGAAAUCAACUUCGAAUCCAUAGACUGCACUAUAUACCAGUCAUUCCGAAAGAUAACUCGCCUUGAGAUGCAUCAUGUCACUGGUGUUGGGAUUCUAUUUGAGGGAACACCUUGGCCCUUGCUGGAAACAGUGGUAUAUGAGCCUCCACCUGAGAAGGCAAAAAUAUCUCCACUUUUGGUGUAUAGGCCGAACGUCCAACUCAUCCUUCCGGAGCGAUAUCAAAAUGCAGAGAACCAAGUUGCUCAUGAUCCUCUCCGUGGAUUACUUAAUCCUGAACUCUUUGCGCGGGGAAAAUGGGACGAUCUCGAUGAUACACAAUUCAGUGACGAGUUACUCGAGGACUACUACGGGGGGGAUUCCGACUACGAGGACAAUUUCGAGUACGAGGUUGAUUAUAAUGAAGAAGAAGACGAGUACGAAGAGGAGGAUGACGACUGGGAUUACAAUUUCUGA